AUGGAUUUAGAGGGGUCGCCGGCCCUCAAUGGAUUCCACAUGCCUGCAGAGUGGGAACGCCACUCCCAAUGUUGGAUUGGUUGGCCUGAGCGUCCGGAUAACUGGCGAGACAAUGCAGUGCAUGCUCAACAUGUAUUUGCUAAGGUCGCAACUGCAAUAUCGAAGUUUGAGCCCGUCACUGUAUGUGCUAGUGUUUCUCAGUGGGCCAAUGCGCGCAGACAGUUACCGCAGAGUAUCAGGAUUAUUGAGAUGAGUAUGAAUGAUUCUUGGUUUCGUGAUACUGGGCCAACUUUUGUGGUGAAAAAGGAUAAAUCGAGUUCAGGGGAUCUGGAGCAGAAGGUUGCAGGAAUUGAUUGGCGCUUCAAUAGUUGGGGUGGUAUUGAUGAUGGUUGUUACAAGGAUUGGAGUCUUGACCUUCUCGUUGCGAAGAAGAUUCUUGGUAUUGAAAGGCUUCCUAGAUUUCCACAAUCUAUGGUUCUUGAAGGUGGAAGCAUCCAUGUAGAUGGAGAAGGGACUUGCCUCACUACUGAAGAGUGCCUCUUGAAUAAAAACAGGAACCCUCAAUUGACUAAAGAACAAAUUGAGGAUGAGCUUAAAGCAUAUCUUGGAGUCAAGAAGAUUAUUUGGUUGCCUCGUGGAUUGUUUGGUACAUAA